UGCUACGGCCCUUAUGCUAUUGACACUAAGAACAACUAUGGAUCCUGGUUUAGCUACUUUUGGACCACCAUACUGUAAUCGCCAUCUGCACUUAAUUUCACUUUGCCUGGCUGAACAUGGCCUCUGUUGACACCCGCAGAAUGUUCAGACCUGCCUCUCCACAACAGGCAUGGCUGUGAGCGAAAGUGAAGGCCAGUGAGGUAGACUAGAUUUGGAUGGAUGAGUCCAGAACCGCAGGACCCCUCAUGGUCCAGGGACCGGCCCCCCGCGACGCCCUCCCGCCCCUCGCAAGAUGCGCGUCACUUUCUGCCAGGCCGUGCUGGCCGUCGCCAUAGCGUUUAACCUGCUGGUCCUCUACUACAUCUCACGGCUGCAACAGCACAUCCUCCACCGCCACCGAGACCACGCGCAGCCCAGCGCCCGUCAGCAGGCCGCUCCCCUGAGGCCCGGCGUGACCCUCCUCAUCAGGGAGUUCGAAGAUUUCGAAAACUACGUCCCCAACGUGGCUCGGUCUUUCCUGAGACAAGAACCGGAGCUGCCCAUUGUCGUGGCGGCGGACCGCCUCCCGUACCCGCCCAUGGUUCUCCCAAACGCUCCCAACGUCCAAGUGGUCCUUCUCAAGCCGACCCCCGACCAGCCCGCCCACGUCUUCAGGCCCGAGACCUACGUGAGAACGGAACACGUGGCCCUGGUGCCCGACGGGGUGAAGGCGGACGCGACAUCCCAGCUGGAGCGGAUGCUGGAAGAGUUCAAGGCCAGCCAAAGCACGGUGGAGAUGGUGGCAGCUCCCGUACACUCCAUGACCCCCCUCCAGUGCCUGAACCUCCGGGUCAGCCUUAAGGAAUGGAUGGCCGAGUACACAGCGGCGCCUCCUUCCUCCAAGCUGUGCACGGCCUUGAAGGGGGAGGCCGUCCUCCUUCUCCGCACCAAGGACCUCUUCAACCUCUCCGUGCCCCUGGCCAAGCCUCUGCUGACCUCCCUCUUCAUCCAGACCUCCCUGCGAGGCUGGGCGGUCCGCCUCCUCGACGUCUCUUUCUCGGCCCUCCACCACCCCUUGUUCACCUCCUCCCACAACCAGUGGAAGGCCGACAACCUCGCCCGAUCCAACCGGCUGCAGCUCUUCCGGGACUUCGGGAUCAAGCGGGUCGUCCUGGAGGACGGGAAGGAGCAGUGGUUCGGAUGCGGCAAGGAGACCCCGCGGUGCUUCGGGACCAUCCACGACGACACCCCAGAAUACCUCUACCGAAACCGCUGGACCCCACCCUGCUGCCUCAAAGCCUUGAGGGAGACGGCCAAAUACGUCAUCAACGUCCUGGAGACGUCCGGGGUGCGGUACUGGCUGGAAGGGGGGACGCUCCUCGGGGCAGCCCGUCAUCACGACCUCAUCCCGUGGGACUACGACGUUGACAUGGGCAUCUACCUGGAGGACAUCCCCAACUGCGAGCUGCUCAGGGGCGCCGAGUUGGGCUCCAUCGUGGACGAGAAGGGCUUUGUCUGGGAGAAAGCUGUCGAGGGGGACUUCUACCGAGUGCAGUACAGCGAGCACAACCACCUGCACGUCGACCUCUGGCCCUUCUAUCCCAAGAACGGCGUGAUGACCAAGGACACCUGGAUGGACCACCGGCAGGACGUCGAGUUCCCCGAACACUUCCUGAAGCCCUUGGUCCCCAUCCAGUUCGCCGGCUUCCUGGCUCUCGCGCCCAACGAUCACCGGGCCUUCCUGGAGCUGAAGUUUGGAGAAGGAGUGAUCGAAAACCCGGAAUACCCCAACCCGGCACUGAAGAGAAUGGAGAAGGAAAACUGAACGGGCGCUUUGGGCGGGUCUGAGCCUUGAAGAGAGAGGCUCUCGGGUAUCUCAGAGCUAAAGUUCUUCCCUUUCUUGAGUGUGUGUGUGUGUAUGUGUGUGAAGUGCU